AUGAAAAUAUUAUCAGCUUAUGAAUACGACAAAAAAAAUGAUCAAGUCAUAGGACCACACAGCCAAAUGCAAGUUAUCAUGGUGAGAGGCAUUUUUAAAAACUGGAAGCAACCAAUAUAUGUGAACUUCGAUCAACAAGUUACGCCAGAAAUCCUGAAUGAAGCUAUAUCCAUUUUGUAUGAAAAUGCAUAUACUGUGGUAGCUUGUGUAUCAGAUUGUGGUGGUAGUAACGUAGGAUUAUGGAAAAAGUUGGAUAUAACUAUAGAUAAAACAUUUUUUCUUCAUCCUAUUACAAAAGAGAAAAUCUAUUUCUUAGCUGAUGCUCCACACCUUCUUAAACUCAUUCGAAACUGGAUGUUAGAUGCCGGAUUUAUUCUGUCUGACGGUUCUAGAAUAAAUUCAGCACCAUUAAAAGAGUUACUAAAAAUUACUCAAACUGAAAUUUCAGUUUGUCACAAAUUAUCACAAAAACAUCUAGACUGUAUACAGUCUGAAAGACAAAAUGUUGGCUUAGCAGCACAGUUACUCUCACAUAGUGUUGCCACAGCUUUAGUCCAUUAUAAACCUGGUCCAGAUAAGGUACUAUCAGAAAAUACUGGUAAAUUUAUUGAAACUAUAAGUAAUUGGUUUGAUAUAAUGAAUUCUUAUACCCCAUCUGAAACGUUGUGCACUAAAAAGCCAUAUGGCUUAAAUUUAGAAGAGCAGAUUAAUUGUUUAGAAAAAGUAUACAAGUUAAUAUAUUCAAUGAGAUGCCAAGGUAAAAAUGUAUUGCAAACAUUUCAAAAAGGAAUUUUAAUCUCAAUUAAAUCUACUCAAGAACUUUUCAAACAUUUGAAUAAAAAAUAUAAUAUAUCUUACAUACUGACUCACAGACUAAAUCAAGAUAGUCUUGAAAGUUUUUUUUCUUUAAUAAGGAGUCGCGGAGGACUAAAUGAUCACCCAACACCUUUAAAUGCUAUGUAUAGGAUCAGAAUAAUUGUGCUUGGUAAGAAUCCAGGAGUAGUGCAGGCCAAACAGAAUAUUGAAAUACAAAAUGACCAAUCUAAUUCAGAAGAAUACUUAGUAGCCAAUGUUAUGGCAACUGCAGAUGUUAAAAUUGAUUUAAAUAAUGAAGAAAAUAAUGGAGAAAUAUCUGAUAGUAGUUUAUCAUCAGAAGAUGAAUCUGCCCAAAAAAACCUACAAACAACAAAUGAAGAAGAUGGCUUUAUAUAUUUAUGCGGCUGGCUUGCUAGAAAAUUUAAAAACAAAUAUCUACAUUUGGGAAACUAUACUAAAGAUAAUAAACCUGAACAUUCAUAUAGUAUGCCUAGUUGGGUUCAUCAUUUAUCAUUUGGAGGUUUAACUGAGCCAACUGAUUAUUGGGUUAUGCAAGCUAAGCAGUUUGAAAACAUUUUUUAA